AUGGCGACGCUAGACAGCUCGCCUCCGCUGGCAUUUCGAGUGCUUUUUCUAGUGGUAAGUGGGGCCGCACUUGGAAGUGCGCUCUCCCCACUGGCGUCAGAAUCACGAUCGACUGCGGUGCGCGUUGACGACCCGCACAGACUGAAAGGUUCUGUGUUGCCGGAGCAGUACAGGUUGGUCGUGGAACCAGAUCUGGACAAUGAAGUGUUUAGGGGACGAGUGGAGAUCGAUGUGGAGGUGGUGGAAGCCACCAAUACCAUCUCUUUGCACGCUGAAGGCCUCGCAAACAUCCAAGUCACAGUAACAAGAAAGGGUGGUUCCGAAGAAAAAAUCGAGCUGGUUGUGGUUCCGAGGGAUCUGUUUGAAAUGAUAGACAUAGUUCUAUCCGAGAAUCUUCAAGUCAACGAACGUUACUUAAUUGCUUUAGAUUACGAGGGGAAGUUAAGAGAUGAUAUGUAUGGGUUUUAUGUAAGCAAAUAUUACGACAACAAUGUAGAAAAGAAGCUGGCAGCGACGCACUUCCAGGCCACGCACGCACGCAAAGCCUUCCCUUGCUUCGACGAGCCCGGCUUCAAGGCGCGCUUCCAGGUGACUGUUAUCACCCCCCCAGGAUACCAUUGUCUAUCAAACAUGCCUGUCGACUCUGAAAGUGAACUGUUAAUGUCGGAUUUUGUAUUCAACGGUGACGGAAGCAGCGAACCAGAAGAAGUGAUAUUCAAGACGUGGAUGCGUCCAAACGCCCUGGAGCAAUCUAAGUACAGUCUCACUGUUUCACGUCGCAUGCUAAAGGUGUUGGAGGAGUAUACGGGUAUUUCCUUCAUUGACAAAACACAACUACCGCCUCUCGACAAAGUAGAUCAGGUUGCCAUUCCUGAUUUUUCUGCUGGAGCAAUGGAAAACUGGGGCCUGGUAACUUAUCGCGAAACUGCUCUCCUGUACAAUGAUGGAUCAGCAGACGCCAAAAUGUUUGUAGCUAUCGUCAUCGCCCAUGAGCUAUCACACAUGUGGUUCGGCAACCUCGUCACCACGCACUGGUGGGGCGCCACGUGGCUCAACGAGGGCUUCGCGCGCUACUUCCAGUACUACGUCACCGACAAGGUGGAGGCGGCGGACUGGCGCAUGUGGGACCAGUUCGUGGUGGACCAGCACCAGAUGGUGUUCGCCCUCGACUCGGUGCAGAUGGCCAACGCGCUCACCCAUCACGUCAGCACUCCCGCGGAAGCCAGUGCGAGCUUCGGUUCCAUUACUUACAAUAAAGGUGCAUCCAUUUUGCGAAUGAUUAGCAAUACUAUUGGCCCUACUUAUUUUCAACAAGCGCUUCAAAAUUAUCUUCAUUUGCACAAAUACGAAACAGUGGUUCCUCAGAAUCUCUUUGACUCAUUAAAACCAUACGCUGGAGCCGCCAAGCUUUCCGAUGACGACUUCGAUAACUUCUUGAAGUCGUGGACAGAACUGCCUGGAUUCCCGAAAAGGUUUCUUUUCAAAGGUGAAGGAUCACAACUAUAUUAUGUUCCCAUAACUUGGACCAUGGAAGGUCGUUCUUUUGAAAUCUGGAGACCGAACCAUUACCUUACCCCGCAAAAUCCGGCGAUGGAUUUGGAUGGAGUAGUUUGGCCUUCUGAAAGGAGUUGGGUGAUAUUUAAUGUUCAGGAAACUGGCUACUACAGAGUUAACUAUGACGCCAGAAACUGGAAUCUGAUAUCAACAUUCCUAAAUAAUAUAGACAAAUCCAUCAGCGAUAUUCAUGUGUUGAAUCGUGCCCAGCUGUUGGAUGAUGCUUUUAAUCUUGCCCGUGCGAAUCAGCUAUCUUAUGAAAUUGUAUUUGACUUAGCGGGUUAUCUUGUCAGAGAAUAUGAUUAUAUUCCUUGGUCUUCUGCAUUGACAGCCCUAUCCCACUUGAAUCUUAUGCUUGGCAAUGACAUACGAUACCCCAUUUUUAAGCGUUAUGGGCUACGGCUGCUUGAUAGAAUUUUCGACCGUUUCAAUUUCAAUGUUCCUGAGCGUCACGACGAAAAACUACUUCUGAACAAAAUCGCCACGUGGGCAUGUGCUCUGGGACACCAGAAAUGUCUUGAUACGGCGGCAAAUAUGUUACGACUCCAUAUAGAAGGCACGUCAGUUCACCCAGAUUUGCGGAGUGUGGUGUAUUGCUACGGGAUACACAGUGGAAACGACAACUACUGGGACAUCAUGUGGGAAGAAUACAAGAAAUCUCAGGACGCUGUGGAACAAGGACUAAUUUUGGCCGGACUUGGUUGCUCCUCGAAGGAAAACCGACUCAGAACCCUCCUGGAGUACUCCAUCAGCGGUAAUGCCAUUCGAAAACAGGACGCCUCCAGUGCGUUUGCAGCCGUGUACUCCAAUCCUUGGGGAGUGGAUGUGGCUCUGGAAUUCCUCGAAGCAAAUUUUGACUCUAUAUUAAUUCAGUACGGAUCAAUGAGGGCAAUCAACAGUAUUUUAACGGGAAUUGCUGGACGUUUAACGAAAGAGCAGCAAAAGAAAAAGUUGGAGGCAUUUAUUCAACAAUACCAAGAUCAGUUAGGUGACGCCGGAAAGUCUGCCUUGGAGGCUGUUGAAGAAAAUUUGGAAUGGAUCAAUGCCCAUCAAGAUGGCAUUUUCACCAUUCUUCAAAACAUAGAAUACAAGCAGCAUCGCUUGCCUGAGUGGGUUACGCCCUUGAAUUAUACACUUUGGUUGGAACCAAAUAUACCUCAAGGCACAUUCAUCGGAGAGGUCACGAUUUACGUUGUUGCGCACGCCCCCACGGAUAAGAUAAUCCUUCAUUCUCAAGGAGUCCAUUCUUCAAAUGUGGUUGUGUUGGACCGCUCCAAUCGCUUGUAUGAGAAUUUAUGGCAAAGCCACACGUAUGAUGAGAACCUAGAGUUUGUCACUUUGUACCUUCGCACAACACUAAUUCCAAAUGGGAUUUAUUCCAUCGAUCUUAAGUUUUCUGGAACUUUGCGAGAUGAUAUGUAUGGUUUCUACCUUAGCACCUACAUCGAUGAUAAUGGAGAAAAGACGACAUUAGCUGCAACCCAGUUCCAGGCAACGUAUGCAAGACGAGCCUUUCCAUGUUUCGAUGAACCACAUUUCAAAGCUCAGUUCGCUGUCACCGUGAGAACGCCGGCUCCUUACCACGCAUUAGGAAAUAUGCCUGUGUGGUACACUCGUGUUUGGGACAACUACACUUCGGAAGUCAUAUUUCACACCACUCCAUACAUGUCAACGUAUCUUCUGGCAAUCGUCGUGUCCGAUUUUCGGUACUUAGAAGACAAAAUAUCAUCGAAUGAUGUUGUAUUUAGAACAUGGGCUAGACGAAAUGCCAUCAAAUGGGCAGGGUAUAGUAUUCAAGUAUCCAGGCCCCUCCUGGAAGCUCUGGAGACGAUCACGGGCAUUGCGUACAUAGACGACGCGCUGGAGCAGCCGUUCGAUAAAGUGGACCAGCAAAAAUAA